AUGUUGAAUUCGUGUCCACCGCAAGUAGCCACUUAUUCCAAAGCCAUCAAAGUCACAGUGGACGGUCCCAGAGAGCCGAGGUCGAAAACCAGAAACCAAGGGUUCCAUCCCUUCCACUUUGGACCUAGACCUUUCCCGUUCGGUACGCCACUGGAUCCCAAUAGGAUUGCAGAAUUGCCGUUAAAAUUGUCAGGUCUUGCCCACUCGUGGGGCACAUCGUUUUCCAGAGCUUUGCCAUCGACCGCAUACCCCCCCUAUUUGGCUAACAAUUGCGGUCCACCGACAUUUCAACACUCAAACUUCACCAACAUUUUUCCGUACAACGGAACGACCACUGAAGUGAUUCAACAGCAGACGAUUAACACGGGCACAGAUGGCAACAACAGCAGCACCAGGACGGUGACGGAACCGUUGGGACCGAUCAGCGUCAACGUGAGCGUGGAUAGCCCGACGACCAGAAGCCACAGGACCGGGAUCAGGGGCCACAGAGGCCUAUUGACCACUGUGUCUGGGAGCGGUGCACACAAGCGGUACCACCACCAUCACCACCAUCAUCACAAGCGACAUCGGGACAACCGGUCCGAGAAGAGUGCAGUGGCGGCGGUCGCCGCGGAUCGCUUAUCACCGACGGUCGUUGCGGCGUCGGCAGCCGCAGCUAUCAACAACAACGACAACAACAACAACAACGGAAGCAGCGGUGGCGCCGGCGACGAACACGAUAAGAAUAAACGGCGUGCAGCCGAAGACGACCACCGCGUUAAGCGCGCGGCCAGGACGACUCCAUCGCCACCGCCUCCGCCAACGCUGCGACCUCCUCCACCCGCACAGCCUGUGGCUCAGCUUCCGCCGCAUAUCAUGGCCGCGGCCGCAGCCGCCGUGUCGCCGCGAACACACCACCCGUCCGCGUCUGCGCCUCCGCCGCCCGUCACGCAACCCGUUCCGCUCGUGGCACCGUCGCUGUUCAGCUUGUUCCUGAACGCGCCCCUCCUGCAGCCGCACACACAGUGGCUGUACUCGCAGCUAUAUCCCAAUCCGUAUCUGAGUCACAUACGCAACACGAUGAUUUUUGACAACGAGUCGACGGCCGCUGCCGUGGCCGCGGCCGCUGCGCAGAAAGCCGUGGGCGGAGGCAUCGGUGGCGUCGUUGACGACGGCGACGGGUCGGCGGCCGAGAACGAAUCUCCCAAAAAGUCACCGGCCGACGAGGGCGAAGCGGACGGCGGCGUCGGUGCUGACGAUGAAGUCGACCCCGACGGAGCAGACGCUUCACCGGCCGUUUCGCCCAAAACAACCGCCAAACAGACAGACGUCUGGCGGCCGUAUUGA